GUUCCCACCCCUCUUGUACUUCUGAGUAAAAAAGGAACAGAUGAGGAGAUUUCACUUCAAAUAGUCAAGAUCGCAGGAUUGAUAGUGACAAUGAGGUCUGUGUUAUAUCUUGCUCUGCUCUUCUUGGUUGAUCGAUGUGAAAGUGACUUCAAAGUCUUGACAUUGAAAGUUCAAGUGGGACAUGAUGUGACGCUGAGCUGCCACCAUAAUGAUUCACGACUGUGGCAAGGGCACUUCUAUUGGAUUCGACAUACUGCCAAACAUGUUCCAGAGGUUUUAGCAGCCUCGCCUCAACAUGGUUCACCUGAGGCCAAGAUUCCUCGCAUCACAGUGACACGACCACGCUCUUCAGAGUUUGUUAUGGAUCUUAGUGGAGCACAUCUGUCCGACACUGGAUUUUACUUCUGCAUUGAAACUCAGUAUUUAAAUUUGCUGUAUUAUAAUGCAACAUUUUUGCUCGUAACAGAUACAGAACCUCACAAAACUGCUGUGGUUCAAACGUCUCCACUUGAACAGAAAAAGAAGCUUCAGUGUUCAGUUCUCUCUGAUACAAAGAAGAGCUCAUGUUCAGAGGAGGACAGAGUGUUUUGGUUCAAAUCUGGAGACGAUGAAUCAACUCCAGAUCUGCUCAUCGCACAUGAAAACAGAGGAGAUGAAUGUCAGCAGGCCUCUCCACACACCUGUGUCUAUCACCUCCCCAUCAACUCCUCUGACACCGGGACUUACUACUGCGCUGUGGUCUCAUGUGGACGCGUUCUGUUUGGGAAUGGAACCAAACAUAAAGAUCCAGAUAAACAACCUGACCUGGUGACAGUUGUGUUGGGCUGCAGUCUCGCAGUGAAUCUGGUUGUUAUGGCUCUUCUGACUGGUGUCAUCAUGAAACAACACCUCAAAUUAAAAACUGCUAUGAAACAAACACAGACUGGACUCCAUGAAGAUCAGCAGCAGGUGACAGAGGACGUUCUGGUUUAUGCUGCACCAACUUACAACAAGAGGAAAACUGCCCGGAAAGAGAACAAUGCCAAUAUGGACAAUGUGAUAUAUUCUGGUGUGAGAGGGAGGGAGUGAAUGAACAGCAGCUUAACAUGGAACCUGUGUUGUUCCCCAUAUAACCCUGUCUUGGCUCCAUUGAGAGGAUGUCGCCACCACUCUCUUGGUUGGUUACUGGCCUGUCACACAGACACUGUCAUGACAUAUGAAACUCCACUGUGCUCAGAGACAAAUGUCAUUUAAUGCGUGUAGUUCUUGGUGGUUAACAAGUCAGCAUCCUCGUGAGUCACACCGUGUCAUGUGACCACAACAUUAAACCUGAUUGGUUGGCUUCCACUUUCUAUCUGACCUGACCUAUUCACAGGGACGGUGCAGUUUCUCCUAUCAGUUCAACAGGUGGUCAU